AACAAUAACAAAUUACAUUAACAAUAUGCCUGCUCUCGAAAAAGUUUCAAUCAUCGGAUCCGGUAACUGGGGUUCUGCCAUUGCCAAGAUCAUUGGUUCCAAUGCUGCUCGUCACACUGAUCAAUUUGACUUGACUGUUCGUCAAUGGGUUUUUGAAGAAACUGUCGAUGGUCAAAACUUGACUGAUAUCAUCAACACAAAGCACGAAAAUGUAAAGUAUUUAAAGGGUAUUGCUCUCCCUCAUAACGUUGUUGCUAUUCCCGACGUCGUCAAGGCUUGUGAAGGUGCUACUCUUCUUGUCUUUGUUGUUCCUCAUCAAUUCAUCCAUGGUAUUUGUGAAAAGAUGAAGGGUCAUUUAGCUCCCAAUGCUCGUGCUAUCUCUUUAAUAAAGGGUCUUGAAAUUACUGCUGAUGGUACUCGUAUUUUCUCUGAAGAAAUCUCUCGUACUCUCGAUAUUCCUUGUGCCGCUCUCAGUGGCGCCAACAUUGCUAAUGAAGUCGCCCUCGAAAAGUUCUGUGAAUCUACCAUUGGUUGUACUAACUUGGAAGAUGGUUUGAUCUUCAAGAGAUUGUUCGAUACACCUUAUUUCCGUAUUGCUGUUGUCCAAGAUUAUGUCGGUGUUCAACUCUGUGGUGCUCUCAAGAAUGUUGUUGCCGUUGGUGCUGGUUUCUCUGAUGGUCUUGGCUAUGGUAGUAACACAAAGGCUGCCAUUAUUCGUUUAGGUUUGAUGGAAAUGAGAAAGUUCGGUCAAACUUUCUUUGGUGAUGCUGUUCAAACCGAGACUUUCUUCGAAUCUUGUGGUGCUGCUGAUUUGAUCACUACCUGUAACGGUGGCCGUAAUCGUAAGGUUGCUGAAGCUUUUGUUCUCACUGGUAAGCCUCUUGAUGUCUUGGAAGCUGAGUUGUUGAACGGUCAAAAGCUUCAAGGUACCUUGACUGCUCAAGAAGUCAACCAAUUCUUGACUGCUCGUAACAUGACUCACGAGUUCCCUCUCUUCAGCACCGUUUAUCGUAUCGCUUAUGAAGGUGUUUCUCCUGAAAUGAUCACCGUUGAUAUCUAAAUCAAUCAUAGCACAUCCAUUUUUCUUUCUUUAUUUCAGAUACCAUUACUUCCAUUCUUCUUUUUUUUCUUAUAUGUAAAUAUUUCAUUCUAGACUCUUUAAAAUAAAUCUUUUUUUAAAUUGCAAA